GAUCACAAUCUAUAAUAAUCACAGAGAGAAGCAAUGAUGAAGAUGGAAGUUAGCAUAGUUUUAUUGCUGUGUGUGGGGGCCACACUGGCACAGGAUUUUUAUGUCACCAACAUUAGACAUCCUUGCCGAAAUCAAAAAGAUUAAGACCAUGGAGGAAAAGUUAAAUGCUCUAAAUGAUGAAGUCAGGGAACUAAGAAGCAAGAAUGAAGAAAGGGCAAAAGUAGCCUUUUCAGCUUCACUGUCAGCUUCACCGGGCAUCAAAUACUUUGGACCUCAUGAAAAAGCAAUCACUCUUGUGUAUGAGUAUGUAUUAACUAACAUUGGAAAUGCUUAUGACACCAAUACAGGAAUCUUCACUGCACCGGUAAAAGGAGUUUAUUUCUUCAACUUUGUGGUCUUCAAUCCUCAUGACAUUGCAACCGGUGUGAGACUGUUAAAAAACGGCAAUUUUGUGGUCGCAGCAUCAGAUAACCCUCCCAAGCAAGACACUGAAGACACUACAUGCAACUCAGUUAGUCUUAUUCUUGAACAAGGGGACCAGAUACAUCUUCAGCUCAUUGAGAACCGUCGUAUCUACACAGAUGGACUGAGACGUAAUACCUUUAGUGGACACCUUCUUUUUACUAUGUGAAGUUUCUGCCCAUGUACAUUUCUAAAGGAUGUUAGUCCAAAUACACUGUUUUAUACAGAUGAAAAUAAUCAAUGCUUGGAAAGAAAAAAGAAA